AUGGCUUAUCUCAGAAAUGUUAUCGUCUUUUCUUCAGUCAUUGCCCCGACUCGGACGAAGAUGGAGACCUCUCAACUCACCAAUCUGAAUUUCACUCGAAUAUCAACAAGCCAGGUAAUCGAGGAAGAAACCAUCCCGGGCUAUAAUGCGGGUCGGUAUUAUCCUACUAGAAUAGGGGAAAUACUCAAGGAUCGGUAUCAAGUUGUGGGGAAGCUAGGAUUUGGAGCCAGCUCAACGACUUAUCAUCGCCAUGUAACCCUCAAUAUCUUCAUAAAGUCCACAUCGAUGGGGCAGCAACUGGACGGCAAGUUGAAAAUAUACAAACGUAUCGAAGAGGCUCCCCAGAAACAUCCAGGCCACAAGUAUGUUAGAUCGUUGCUGGACUCCUUUGAUGUCAGCGGAAUUGAAGACAAGCAACGAUGUCUCGUGCACCCUCAAUUAUUAUCCAUACAGGUGCAGUUUUCUCUUGUCGAUCUCGGGCUUGAUCAUUCGUUUAUCAAUAUAACAGAUAUCAAAGCAGAUAACAUUAUGUUCGGUACUGAUGAUGAUUCCGUUUUCAGUGAUUUCGAAAACAAUGACAUCCAAAUUCCCUGUCCUAGGAAGGAGGUAGAUGUGUGGCUUACAUUCUCAGAUUUGGGGAACCUUUACGAAGGGGUCCGCUGUUUAGCUGUCGAGAUCCGGAGUACUUACAGGAGCCGGGCUCAUCUUGCUGAAAUGAUAUACUUACUCGGCCCGCCGCCACCAAGUUUCCUUGCGCGGGGAAAUCUGACGCAAAUUUCUUUACAGAGAAAGAUAAUUCAUCUCUCUAAUACUCUUCCUAUUCCUUGA